ACUUCAAACCUGCCAGUCGGAAGUUUCUUCUGCUGAGAUAAAAUCAGCCCACCUGUUUAACUUCCCGUUCAGAUCAUCUUCUCUCUUUUGACUUGUUUCAGCGCAUCUUCCUUCAUGGCUGAUCAUAUCAUCUCUUACAGUGAAGAAUCGAUGGACUUCUACAAUUACAGCUAUUACGACUGUUGCUUAGCCGAGCCGUGCAAUUUUAACCCCUACGAGGAGUUUUCCGAGAGGUUUCUGCCUCCAUUCUACGCCCUGAUUUUCCUCCUGGGUCUCGGAGGCAACCUGAUGGUCAUCGCUGUCUUGCUCCUGGACCGAGUCUCCUUAUUCGGGAACGACAUCUUCGUCUUCAACUUGGCCAUCGCGGACAUUCUCCUGGUGGUGACCCUCCCCUUCUGGGCUGCCCAGGCCGUGCUCGGUUGGAUCUUCAAGGACUUCUUCUGCAAGGUCAUCGGCAGCAUCCUGAAGAUCAACUUCUACGCCAGCAUCCUCUUCCUCAUAUGCAUCAGUUUCGAGCGGUACCUCUCCAUCGUCUACGUCAUCCGGAUGUACAACAGGAAUAAGCGCUUCCUCAUCAUCUACACCACCUUGCUGGUUUGGCUCGUCUGCUUCCUGCUGGCGGUGCCCGACUUCAUGUACCUGACGGCCGAGUUCGACAGCCGCCAGAACGCCACUUCCUGCGUUCUUGUCUUCCCGCAGCAUAGCAGAAAGACAUGGAACAUCGCCCUCAUCAUCAUCAACCAAGUGGUGGCUUUCUUGUUCCCUAUGAUAGCCAUGGUCUACUGCUACGUCCACAUCAUCCUCACCCUCCGGCGCUCCAAGGGCUUCCAAAAACACAAGGCCCUCAAGGUAAUCUUGGCCGUGGUGGUGGCCUUCUUCCUUUGCUGGUCACCUUACCACUUGGUGCAGUUCAUCACCACGUUGCACCAGCUGGACCUCCUGGUGAUAGAUUGCCAGUGGGGGGACAACCUGGACAUCGCCAGUAUCGUCACCACCUGUUUGGGCUUCUUUCAUUGUUGCCUCAACCCGCUGCUCUACGCCUUCAUCGGGAUCAAGUUCCGGAACAAGCUCUUGACCGUGUUGAGGAGAUUUGGCUGCAUCAAUCAGAACUACUGGAACAGGCAUUUCAGGCCGUCCAGUCAACCGAGAGAUUCGAGUUGGUCCGAAAGCACAGACUGCUCAUACACCACCUUCUAGAACAGCCUGUGGCCGUAAGGACGCCAUUGCUAUCCCAGAAUUCUCUCUUCUCUUGCUCAGGAACCUGGCGCUCUGUUGGUAUACGCUAGUCCUCAAUUUAACAACUAUUUGUUUGGCGGGGCCAUUCAAAGUUACCACAACACUGAAAAAAAUGACCAGUUCUCAUACUUAACGACCGUUGCACCAUCCCCACAGUCGUGUGAUUAAAAUUUGAGCGCUUGGAAAAUAUACAAUUACUUACUGAGAUAUAAAAUGGAGGAGGAGGUAGUUAACAGGUAGUUAUGGCCCACAUAAACUAUGAUGAUGUGGGCCCAAAAUUUCGGCUAUAAUAUUGAAUUGGAGAAAUGGGAGAAACUUUGGGGAAAACAAACUUGGGGAAAACAUUUGGCCAAUAAAAUUCUAUUCUAUUCUAUUCUAACAACUAUAAAUUGACAAAAUCUGUAGCCUGUAAGGAAAAUAUGUAUAAAACGUUCUACAAAUAGCAUCUUCCACCAGUGGGAUUGGCUAGAACAGCGGUUCUCAACCUGUGGGUCGCGACCCCGUUGGGGGUCGAAUGACGAUUUGCCAGGGGUCCCCUAAGACCAUCGGAAAUAUGGGAAGUAUAGUUGCGAGUCGAAGAAUCGCGCUCCAACGGUUGACUCCACAAGCCAGUUGCAGGCUCUUCAAAUCGCUAGUCGAAUUCGGCUUCAGGCGCGAUGAAUUAAAAAAGAGAGAAAUCUUUGCUCUGAUGUCUCCCUCUCAAGCCAGCUGCAAUCACUCCCAAUCGCUAGCCUAAUCUGGCUUCAGGCGCAAUAAACUUAAUAGAGGAGGAGUCUCCGCUUUAAUGCCUCCGUCCUCAAGGCAAUCGCAAGCAGUUCAGAUCGCUAGCCAAGACGGCUUCAGGCGCGAUAAAUUCAAAACGAAAUUAAUUUUACGGUUGGGGUCGCCACAUCGUGGGGAAUUGUAUUAAAGGGGUCGCAGCACUAUAAAAGUUGAGAACCACUGGGCUAGAAUAUUCCCGAAUACAUCACCAGACUGCUGGAAAUGCACACAAAAUCAGGGAACAUAUGUGAUGAACAUGUCCAAAAGCAAAACAAUAUUGGAACAGAAUAAGUAAACGGCUCAAAGAGAUAACCAAACAGCAAAUAGAUAUGCAACCGGAAUUAUUUUCAUUAGGAAUAUUUACAGGGAAUUAUGAUUAAAAAAAACCCCCACAAUAUUUAAUUUUACAUAUUACCACAGCAGCAAGAAUAAUGUACGCACAAAAUUGGAAAAACAACAAUAUACCAUCAGAAGAAAACGUAAUAAGGAAAGUUCUAGAAUGUGCAGAGAUGGAUAGACUUACGAAAGAAAUAAAAGAUAAAAGAGAAAUAGGGGACUAUAUGGUAUGGAAUAAUGGUAUAAAUGGUUAGAGGGUAGGUGUAAAAGGUUAAGGAAAGAUUGAAUGAAGAAGAUCUAGGAGUUAGAAAUUAGUAACAAAUUUGUAUACAUGGAAACGACACAUAAUGAAUGACUGUAAUUUAGUAUAUGAAUGUAUUGUGACGUAUAAAAUAC